UCGGACACGUUAUCAAGGUUCCAUCGUUUUACGCUCAGCCGUAUCAAUGGCGACGACCAUCAUCAGAAGACCGUUAAACUUGACGGCGGCCGUCCGGUUUCGACUGACUCCGUUACUCCCCUUCUCCGUCAGCUCUAGCUCCGUUAACUCGAACACAACUCAAUGCUCUGAGUUAAUCCAAGUACCGAGUUUAGUCGAAGGCUGCGAUUACAAGCACUGGCUAGUGCUCAUGAAUCCUCCCAAAGGAUACCCACCUCGAAACGACAUCGUCCAAAGCUUUGUCAAAACCCUAGCAUUGGCUCUAGGAAGCGAAGAAGAAGCUAAGAGAUCGAUUUAUUCUGUUUCCACAAAGUAUUACUAUGCAUUUGGAUGCAGAGUUCAUGAACCUUUAACUUAUAAGAUAAGAUCUCUGCCUGAUGUUAGAUGGGUUCUGCCAGAUUCAUACGUAGUGGAUUGUGACAGUGGAUAUGGAGGAGAGCCGUUCGUUGAUGGGGAGGUUGUCCCGUACGAUGAGAAGUACCAUGCGGACUGGCUACGAGAUCAGACUGAUGAGGAUGCUAAAAAGAAGCCUAGGAGGAAGAGAAAUAAGAAGUUGAACUAAUUUUUUUAUAUGUUUGGUAGAUUUGUUAUUUUGGAAGUCUUCUUGCUUCAGUGAGGCGCUACUCAAGCCUGCUGACUUUAUGGAAUGAAUGUUCUAGUGUUACUACUAUGAGCUAUUGUAAAUAAUCCUAGGUGUAAUUGUUGUUGGGUGUCAAUUAAAAUCGGGAUAUUGAUUAGAUUCCACAUCAUUUUGUAGCUAUUGAACUUGG